AUGGCUUCACUGUUGCGGGCUGAUUCUGCACUGCUGGCUUGGUUUGCUGUCCUUGCAGCCACAGUGCAUGGUGCUGCUGACGCGACAUCAUCUAUUGUAUCAGUGCGGGAUCUGGCGGCUCACUAUGAUGCUAGCUUCAUUGUACAUGUGGCGAUUUCAAAGCUGCUCGAGCUGCGGGAUGGCAAGAUUCAGGCUUCCACUGGCAAGCCCGUCAAUGGCUUGGCCUUGCAAGUGCCCAUCCAGCUGAGCAGCGGAGCUGAUCGAUCAAAUAGUCUAGAACUACAGGGCGGUCCGCCAUGCAGUGCUCCAUCCUCGACCAGCCUAAGUGCUCCCUGGACUAAUCGAAGAAAUCCGAUCAAGCCCGGAUGCUGCUUGGGGAGUCGAUCUGGGUCGCCUGGGCCACAUACUCCGCCGCAUGGAUGA